CAAAACAAAACAUUGGAUUUGUUGUGAACUUUGAAUGAAUUGAUUGGUUGAGUGGACACUGAUUGACACUACAGUUAAGACAUUAUCACCGCUGAACUGAUCCGUGGCCGCGAUGUCUCCCUCAGGAAAUGGACCGACGGUUACGCCAAACGAAGGCAACCAUAGCUUCCAUAUGUUUGGAGACAACGGACCCACUCUUGAGAAUUCAAUUGAAUUUCUCAACAAAAGCCGUCAAUCCGUACGUAAGGAUAAGGUGUGUGUCGUGUCAGUCAUCGGGAAGUCCUGUCUGUCGGCCCACAACUCGAAGGCUUCUCUUGUGGACCAAUCCAUCGGCAAAAAUGUCUUCCGCGGCCUCUUCUGCCAAACGAAGACUAUCUCUGAACUGACGAACUGUCAAAUUGAUGGCUAUUAUGACGUCCGAAAUAAAGUGAUUUUCCUUCACUUGACAUCAGUCUUGGAUUCGUUAGCAAUGACUCAGAUCUGCAGAAACAUUGAGAAAGAUAUCUACGAAAAGGGUUUCCUUCAGGUGUGGCCCGACUUGCAGUCAAACCUCUGUAAAGCACUUCUCCUUCUCUUCCAUUUAAGUCAUAUCAUAGUAAUAGUGAGUCCAUCGCCUCAUUUCGACUUAAAUCAGAUCAAUAUGUUUAGGAUAUUAGACUCGACGCGACAGAAGUUGCAGUCAAUUAUCACUGAAUGUCUUCAGUCGUUGUCAUCACUGCCGGCCGAUUGGGUCCAAUCGGGUCGUCUGUGUAGCCCUCGAGCGCUCUUUGUGUUCGAGUCUUACGGCAAGAAUCAGUUCAUCACGAAAGAGAAGCUCCGGAACGCCGAGAGACAACUCGAGGACCAGAUCUAUAGGAUAUUGCGAAAGACCCGUCUCAUCACAAACAUAAGCGCCAACUCGUUGUUCGCCGUGUCUUCACAUCACGACUAUGUCUUCAUAUCGACCACAGAUCCGACAAUUCGUCACUCCAGUGAUUAUCUCAUGAGUCGACUCAUUAAGUACUGCAAUACUGAAGACAAGAAUAGCAGUUCCAGUGAUGAGGAGAACGACUGCGAAGCGAAUUCGUUUCACUCGUUUUUGUGGACACACAUAGGGAUCGCACACUCGAAGGGUUUCGAUGAUAACAUUGGCCGACACGCGGCGCCUCCUAUUUUCGAGUUGCCCUCCGCUAAGGAGUUCUUUCAGACGGCACUCAAACUCAAAGAACUAUUAUUUUCGGCAAAUGUCGAGAAUUCAAGCCUUAAGACAAUAUUCAAUUCACUGCAUUCGUCGCUAGACAUCGACACCCGGUUUUCAGAGUCCCGGUGCGCCAAAGUGUUGCCCAUAGCAAUGGGCAUAUAUCAGGACUCCCUGCCCUCCCACUAUACCCGUGACUUUCAUGAACGCAAAUUAGCGCACGCUUUGCAACACUUCACUUUACAGGCCAGGGGUUCGGCGGUCUAUGACUUUGGCCAACAACUCAAACGCAAUUGUGACGACUACUGGGCUAAUGGACACCAAAUGUGUGAAGUGUUGAGUCUAACCAACAAUCACUGCAUUAAUCCAAUCCAUAGACUCAAAACCGAAGACGACAACAACAGCGAUGAUAACAAUGAUUCGGACACUGAAUCCGAUUCGAAGCAAAGGUUACCAUCGAUGAGACAUAUGAGUGGCGCUAAACUGAUCUGCGCGUGUGAUUGCGGCCGAAGACAAGCCAAUAGAGAGGACCCGUUCACAGUUAAGGCGGCGAACCAUGACUUCUACGCACUCAUGAGGAAUAAGUGCAGUUGUGGUCAUUUGGAGCGCGUUUUGUUCCCAGUGUUUGAGCCGAGCAGCGAUUACAUAGAGCCCGCGCGCACUGUCCCUCUGCCC